UUUUAUUUCAUUCUUUAUUUUUUAUUUUUGAUUUUUGACACUUUUUUUUUUUUUUUUUUUUGUGCCUUUCUUUUCUGCUGUCAGUCACAUAUCGACGCCGCUUUCUCCACGUUUUGCCAAUCAUCAUCGCCAUCCGCCCGCACCCAUGACUAUCUCAGCGACAUCCGAGCCGUUUGGCACUGUGAAUGGCGGCCAGCCUGUUCAGCUUGUGACGCUGCACGACAAGGACACUGGCGUUACCGUCAAGUUGACCAACUACGGCGCCACAAUCGUCUCGUUCUCCACGCCCGACUCGCUGGGUCUGCUGGGCGACGUCGUCCUCGGAUAUGACAAGCCGAUCGGAUAUGAAUCCGACACUUGCUACUUUGGCCCUGUUGUCGGUCGCGUCGCCAACCGCAUCAACCAAGGCAAGUUCACCAUCGAUGGCGCUGUGCGCCAGGUCACUGUGAACCGUCCCCCGCACCAUCUCCACGGUGGCGCAAAGGGAUUCUCCAAGAAGGUCUGGGAGGUCGUCAAGGUCGAUCCCAAGGGAGCUGUCUGCUUUGGCCUCACGAGCGCUGACGGCGAUGAAGGCUACCCAGGCACCCUCCUCGUUGACGUGACGUACAUUUUGGGCAAGCCAGCGGCAGGCGAGUUUGCCAACUCUGGUUUCAAGCCGCUCAACACGCUGAGCAUCGUGUACCACGCGUCCUCCAUCGACUCGGCCACCCCCAUCAACCUCACCAAUCACUCGUACUUUAACCUGUCGGCCGGCGCGCAACACAACAUUCACGGCCACCACCUCCACGUCAACGCCGACAGCAUUACCGCCGUCACUAGCGAGCUCAUUCCGACCGGCGAAAUCAAGCCUGUCAAGGACACGCCGUUUGAUUUGACGGAGGGUCCUCUCGGUGUCAACUUGGGCGAGCGCUUCAAAGCAACAGAAAUGAACGGCUUUGACCACAACUUUGUCCUGAAUGGCUUUGACAAGGCCAACAACAACAAGUUUGGCGCUCCUCUGCGCACUGCUGCUCGUCUGUCCGAUCCCGGCAGUGGUCGCGCACUCGAAGUGAAAACCACUAGUCCUGGUAUCCAAGUAUACACUGGCAACUUCCUCUCCAGUGUGCCUGGCCGUAAUGGUGCAGUGUACGGCAAGCAUGGCGCGGUUGCCCUCGAGACGCAACACUUCCCGGACUCGGUCAACCACGCCAACUUCCCUUCCACCGUUUGCAAUGCGUUUGAGAACUGGGACAACGUGACAUCAUUAACUGUUGGCGUUUUGAACAAGUAAUAACGGGCUGCCGUUAUGGAAUUUGGUUUUGUGUUUUUGGUGCGGAGGGAGAUGCUUGUGUAAUUUUGUUGUCGGUGGUCGGCCAAUUUGCAGCACGAAUCCUUUUGUCUCUGUUUGCUGUACCACCUGUCUCUCGUUUGAAGCGACGACGUUUAGCAAAGUGCUCGUGCUCCUUUUGUUUUGGAAUGGCUGUUGUUAUUGAGAGUUUUGUUGUUGUUGUUGUUUUCGGUGGAGUUGUUGUUGUUUUCGUUGGAGUUGGAGUUGUUGCUUGUUUGUUUCUGUAAAUCAUUUGUCAAAGCCUCGAACAAAAAAAAAUCGGAAAACAAAUGGAGA